CUUUCCGGCUCGGAGCACAUCUGCGCCAAGGCGACCUCUCGCUGCGGCUGGUCCCGUGGCUCCUCCGCGUCCCUUGACCCACCACUUCGCCGGGUGGGGCGUGAUGGGCAGGGCAGAGAAGGACCGCUCGAGCGGAGCGGAGGUUGGCUCGUCCAGGGGGAUGACGCAGGACGGCAGGCCAGAAUCCGGGGAGCCCUCAGUGACUGGAUUCUGCAGCCGACUCUGCAGCCCCAUCCCCACCCAGCUGAGGCAGCGCCAGCACCGGCUCAGGCACAAGGACGGAGCCCCUGGACUGCCAGGUUCCCCACCAGGGAGGAGGAGCAGGAGGAGAAAUCCGUCUCCUGGGGCCUGAGCGUGGCCCGGGGGACCGGCCAUCGUCCCAGGAUGCCGCUGCCCGAGCCCAGCGAGCAGGAGGGCGAGAGUGUGAAGGCUGGCCAGGAGCCGUCCCCAGAGUCCCCUGAGCCAGGGACAGAUGUGAUCCCUGCAGCCCCCAUGAAGCCCGAAGAGUUCUCCAAGCUGGUCCUGCUGGAAGCCUCCACAGAGAACGUGGAUGAGGUGGACUCCCAGACCAAAGAAGGGCACUGCAUCAUCACCCUGGAGGUGUGUGACCCUGACACACUGGCCAGGACCCCCCCGAUCCUGCCGGGGGAGGAGCAAGCAGGGACAGUCCAGCCACCCCCCCGGGUCCCUGAGCAUAAACGCAGCCAGCCAGACACGGCAGCCCCCACACCCCUGGAGUUCCUGAGGACCCCUUUUGGGGGCCGCCUCCUGGUGCUCGAGCACUUCCUGUACAAGCAGGAGAAGGCUGUGGGCGACAAGGUCUACUGGAAGUGCCGUGAGCACAUCGAGCUGGGCUGCCGGGGCCGUGCCGUCACCCGGGGCCCACGGGCCACCGUGAUGCGGGGCCACUGCCACCCGCCCGACGAGGAGGGCCUGGAAGCCCGGCGCAGGAGACAGAAGCUGCCCGCCCCAGCCCUGCCUGAAGGCCUGGGGGCUCCGGAGGGCCCUGGAGGCCGAGUGGAGGAGCCACUGGAGGGGGCGGGCCCGUGGCUGUGCCCUGAGGAGCCGGAGCCCGCCCCUGGCGUGGUGCUGAGCAAGCCGGCCACGGAGGAGGACGAGGGCCUACGCGCCCUGUCGCUGCUGAGCUUGCCCCCCAAGAAGCGCCCGACACUGGGGAUCGGACAACCCCCCGCCCUGGAGUUCCUGAGGACGUGCUACGGGGGCCGCUUCCUGGUGCACCAGUCCUUCCUCUACAAGCGAGAGAAGGCCGUGGGGGACAAGGUGUACUGGACGUGCCGGGACCACGCUCUGCACGGCUGCCGCAGCCGGGCCAUCACCCAGGGCCAGCGGGUGACGGUGAUGCGCGGCCACUGCCACCAGCCGGACGUGGAGGGCCUGAAGGCCCGGCGGCAGCAGGAGAAGGCCAUGGCAACGCUGCAGGCCCGGCCGGGUGGGCCUGGGGGCCAAGUGGACGAGCUGCUCUCCCGCAGCGGGCCCAGGCCCCUGACUCUCAGCAGAGCCCGGCCUAGAAAGCGCACCAAGGUCCUGGCCCAGCCCCCAGCCCUGCGAGGCUCCCCCGCUGGGGACCAGGAGGAUGACCUGGGAGGCCCCGAGUUCCUGAGGACCCCUCUGGGGGGCAGCUUCCUGGUGUACGAGUCCUUCCUGUACCGGCGGGAGAAGGCGGCCAUGGACAAGGUGUACUGGACGUGCCGGGACCAGACCCGCAUGGGCUGCCGCAGCCGCGCCAUCACCCAGGGCCGGCGGGUGACGGUGAUGCGCGGCCACUGCCACCCGCCCGACCUGGGGGGCCUGGAGGCCCUGCGGCAGCGGGAGCAGCACCCUGGUGGGGCCCAGCGGGGAAGCCCAGGAGGCCCCGAGUUCCUGCGGACCCCUCUGGGGGGCAGCUUCCUGGUGUACGAGUCCUUCCUGUACCGGCGGGAGAAGGCGACCGGGGACAAGGUGUACUGGACGUGCCGGGACCAGGCCCGCAUGGGCUGCCGCAGCCGCGCCAUCACCCAGGGCCAGCGGGUGACGGUGAUGCGCGGCCACUGCCACCCGCCCGACCUGGGGGGCCUGGAGGCCCUGCGGCAGCGGGAGCAGCUCCCCGGCCCGGCCCAGCGGGAAAGCUCAGGGCCCCUGCAGCCUCUGGAGUUCCUGCGGACCUCGCUGGGCGGCCGCUUCCUGGUGUACGAGUCCUUCCUGUACCGGAAGGAGAAGGCGGCCGGGGACAAGGUGUACUGGAUGUGCCGGGACCAGGGCCGCAUGGGCUGCCGCAGCCGCGCCAUCAGCCAGGGCCAGCUGGUGACGGUGAUGCGGAGCCACUGCCACCCGCCUGACCUGGCGGGCCUGGAGGCCCUGCGGCAGCGGGAGCGGCUCCCCGUCGCGCCCCAGCAGGAGGACCCAGAAAACAUGACACUUCCGCCAGAAGCGCAGCUGUGCGUCCAGACCGGUCCUCCGGAAACCCAGCAGGAAGGCGACCGGCAUGAACCCACACAGUGAGGAGCAGUGGGGCCCCUCCCUCCAGGCGACCCCCCGCUGCAGCGCCCUCCAUGCUCCGAGCCCACCCUGGGCCCUGGCGUCUCCCAGCCGGUCAGAUUCUGCUUCACAAACACUCUUCCGCUCUUCCGCCCCGGUGGCCUUCACGCUCCCUCAGGGGCGUCCCAAGAGGAGUAUGGCCCUGCCGGUGUCCUGGAGCCGGCGGCCGGACUCGUGGGUGACGUGGGGAAAGGCCCCCAUCCAUGAAAGGCCUGAAGAAGCGUCUUGUCUCCGCCGCUCAGAGCUGCGAACACGCGGCUGUUUUCUGAGCACGUGACUCGGCCAAGGCUUUUCCGGUCUGGUGCGGCCCUGCUCGGCCAGGGCGCCUCGGGAGAAGUCCCCGCUGCCUCGGGUGGGGCCGCCCUGCAAAGCUCCCGCCUCCCAGGUGUCUUCUGGACAGGGGCCGUGUGGGCCUUGGCGCCCCUCGGCCACCUGCCGCUGGGCCAACACCCUCCCUGCUGGCAACGCAGCAGAGCCCCUCUGCGCCCGCUGUCACUCGUCCUCUCCGUGCUGUCUUCCCAGGGUCCUAAUCCCCGUGGCGAGCGUCACAGCUGGCAGUGGGAGCCAGCCCGGGUGUCCACGGGAAGGCACGUCCGGGCCGCAGUGUGGGUCACCCACGCCUGUGUGAUGCAGGAGGAGACGCAGACCCGCUGGCAGCGGAGCACCCCCCCCCCAUCCUGGAGCGGUGGCGCAGAGAGCCGGCCGGCGGGUCCGCGGAGCAGGUGAUAUCCAGCUACAGGACAGCGACAGCUUGGGACCCCACCGUCCCUCUGCUUAUACAUUCCCCGCCAAUAAACCCUAUUUUAUACCUC